AUGGCGCAUGUGGACUCUAUUGAGGCAUGGCUUUGGGAUAUGUGGACAAGCUUGCCAAUUGAGAUGAUUGAGAAGAUUAUCAUUGUGUGCUGGGCGAUAUGGGACAACCGAAAUAAUAUGGUGUUCAAAGAUCAAAGCAUGGAUGCAAAGACACUAGUUACUCAAGCUUUAUUGUACAUGCAAAAUUGGAAGCAAGUCCAUAUAGAAAGUAAUGGUCCAUACCCCCAGCAAGGCCAAUAUUAUGCUCUGGAAAGCUGGCAGCCUCCCAUGCAAGGCAGUAUGCAAAUUAACGUGGAUGUAGCAAUGGAUUUUGAGAGACACAGGAUGGGGUUUGGUUGGGUAAUGAGAGAUGGGAUGGGAGUGGUGGUGAAUAUGGGGUGGCAUAAGAUAGGGAGCCUCUAUUCGGUUCGGGAAGCGGAUGCAGUAGGGGUAAGAGAAGCUCUAAGCUGGAUAAAGUGCAAGGGAUGGAAUAGAGUUAUCGUUGAAACGGAUGCUCAGAUCGUGACUACGGCAGUGAAGGGAGGAACACAUAAUUCUCCUUUCGGGCUAAUUAUUCAUGACAUCCGUUCUCUCUUAAACCAGUUGCACUCAGUUACAUUAUAUUACAUUUUGUCAAAAGGAACGCAAACACCUUUGCUCAUGAAAUUGCAAAACGUUCACUGUUUGAUGAAGGGAUGGGCAGGGUAG